AUGGCCACCGCCGAACUGAACUUUCGAGCUUUAUGGAGUGUGGGUUUGUGGCCACGUGGCGAAACUGGAAAGUUCUACAAACACGAUUUCUACACACUGUAUGCUAUAUUCAACGCUAUUAUAUUAAUCGGUUUACAAAAUCUCUCCCAAAUCAUCAACAUCUUCUUUGUGUAUUCAGAUUUGGCAGCUUUGGCGUCCACAUGUUUUGUUGUAAUGUCCAACAUACUGGGAAUCGCAAAAAUGUUGGUUUUUGUGUGCAAUAUAAGAAAAAUGAAACAACUUACACGAAUGUUGAAUAGUCACCAGUUUCAACCGAAAUCUGAAGCCCAAGUAAAAUUAGUUCAACCGUUGUUAAAACUGUGGAAAAGAUUUUAUAUCUCGUGGGGGUCUUACGUGUCCAGUUGCAUGGUACUGUGGCUAGCAGCUCCUCUGAUGCAUGGUGGACACGAGUUGGUUAUACCUGCUUGGUACCCAUUUUCUUUAGAAAAGCCACUAAAUUACGCGUUUGCGUAUGUUUAUCAAACUGUAGGUUUUAUGUAUUCAACAGUUGGUAUUAUCAACGUUGAUACACUUAUUUAUGCACUCUUGAUGUACAUUUGUGCCCAGUGCGACCUAUUGUGCGACAAUCUGGGCAAUCUUGAUGGUAAUGAAGAAGAAUUUAAUGGAAAAUUCAUCAGCUGUGUAAAACACUACGAAUCAAUUCUGAGUUUUGCUAAAAUAACUAACAAUGUGUUCAAUCCUAUAAUUUUGGGUCAGUUUGGUACUAGCGCUCUUACGAUUGCAUUAACCCUGUUUCAGCUUAGUCUGGUGGAUCAUUUUGAUACGACAGCUGCUAUUAGUAUAGUCUACGUUCUUGGGCUUGCAGUAGAGCUUUACGUUUUUUGUUGGUUUGGCAAUGAAAUAGAAAUAAAGACCAGUAAGAUUCCGUACUGCAUCUACAGUUCCAACUGGAUUGAUAUUUCCCUUGGAGUCAACAAAAAUAUUUUUAUUUUUGUGGAACGUUGCCAGAAGCCUCUUAAGAUAACAGCUAUAAAUUUAUUUGAUCUUUCUUUGAAGACUUUUGUUGUUCAUUUAACUAACACAAACAUGCAAAAGUUUGACUGGACUUCAACCACUGCUAUAAACUUUUUGGUACUAAAAGCAGUAGGACUUUGGCCGGAAGAAGAAUCAUACAAACCCAGUCUAUACACACUGUAUGCCACAUUUAACGCCAUUGUGUUGAUAGCCCUGCCCAAUUUUUCUCAAAUCAUCAACAUUUAUUACGUCUAUUCAGAUUUAACAGCCUUAACAGCUACAUGCUUUAUUUUAACUUCGAAUAUGCUAGCAGUUGCAAAAAUGUGCUCCUUUGCACGUCACGUCGGAGAUCUGAAAAAGUUGCUGAAGAUGUUAACAAGUGACCAGAUGAAACCAAAAACCAACACACAAAUAAAAAUAAUUCAGCCAUUAAUGAAGCGGUGGAAAAAAUCUUACAUUGUUUAUAUCUGCUACGUGUCGUUUAAUAUGUCUCUGUGGGUAUUUGGACCACUUUCCAGCGGAGGACAUCAGUUGAUAAUGCCUGCUUGGUACCCGUUUACGUUGGAAAAGUCACCAAAUUACGAGCUUGCUUACAUUUAUCAAGCUCUAUGUUUUGUGUAUUUAACAACUGCGAAUAUAAAUGUAGACACUAGUACUUACGCACUAUUUACGUAUAUUUGUACACAGUGUGAAAUUUUGUGCGACGAUUUGUGUAAUCUUAAGGGGAAUGAAGAGGAAUUUAACCAAAAAUUGGUGAAUUGUGUCAAACAUCACGAAAUAAUCCUAAGUUUUGCCAAGAAGACUAAUGGUUUGUUCAAUAUGGUCAUAUUGGGUCAAUUUGCCACUAGUACAAUGGCUUUGGCACUAACCAUGUUUCAGCUGAGUUUGGUUGAGAGUUUGGAUGCAGCAGCAAUUGUAAGCAUGUUCUAUAUUGUGGGUCUUGCAAUGCAGCUUUUCCUCUAUUGUUGGUUUGGCAACGAAGUUGAAACUAAGAGCAGCAAGAUUCCAUAUGCUAUAUAUAGUUCUCAGUGGCUUGAUAUUUCAGUUGAUGUCAAAAGAAAUCUGUUGAUCUUAAAUGGACGCUGCCAGCAACCGAUUAAAAUAACAGCAAUCAACUUGUUCGAUCUUUCUUUGAAAACUUUCGUAACAAUUCUUCGUUCUGCUUGGUCCUACUUUGCUGUUCUGCACAGCGUAAAUGGUCAGUAG